UUCCCAUACUCGAUCACAACAUUACCCAAUCAACCAUCUCUUGGCUCUCUCUCUCUCUCUCUCUCUAGGAAUAUAACUUUAUAAUAGUCCCUAGUAAAGGGGCAUUGAUUCCAUUAUCAUUUGGCAAUGGCUUUUGUAUGGUCACUACUCUUGGGAUUGACCAUAGCUUUUAUGGUCUGCCCAUCUUCAUCACUACCAUUAUCAACAUCUAAUAACCUAAACUUACCUAUCUCUGCUAUCUCAUCAGCACCUGCAUUGCUCCCAUAUCCUCCAGAGUCCUCUCCUGAAGCUCCUACUCUCUCUCCAGACAUUGCUCCAUUGUUACCUUCACCUGCAGGUAGUCCAACCGAGUCAUCACUGCCCACCAUUCCCGCCAGCCCAAGCCCUCCAAAUCCAGAUGCAAUGGUCGGUGCUCGGCCGGACACCGCCUUCGCGCCAUCUGGGUCCUUGCCAGUUUCCACCUCCUCUUCAGUAGCUCUCAAGUUGUCUGGGUAUCUGAAUAUAAUUGUAAUUCUUCGUUUGGUAGCAUUUUGGUUGAUGCAGCUUUAUGGUUUGUGAUGAUUUAUUUGUAUGGGAUUGAUAAUGUCCAAUUAAUUCUUAUUGUUUUCAACUUUCUGAUUUUCUUUA